AUGUUCUUCAUUUUGCUUAUUACUGUUCUGCUGGCCUGGCUUGUUGUCAGACAAUAUCAAAAAGUGUCUCGGUUACCACCAGGACCAGUAUCCAUUCCUCUGCUUGGCAAUCUUCCACAGAUUAUUUAUUAUCUUUGGAUUACUGGAAGCGUCGUUUCCACUCUUGAUUUGUUCAGAAAGAAAUAUGGGAAUAUUUUCACUCUCUGGGUCGGUCCUAUCCCUCACGUCAGCAUUGCGGACUACGACACUGCUCAUGAAGUUUUUGUGAAGAACGCAGGAAAGUACGCUGAUAAAUUCAAUCCUCCGUUGUUCAGAGAUCUCAAACACGAUUUGGGUGUAGCAAACACAAAUAGAGAACAUUGGCAAGAAAUGAGAAGAUUCGCAAUGCAAACUCUCAGGAACAUGGGAGUGGGGAAGGAUGUGAUGGAGGAGAAAAUAAUGGAGGAAUUCAAUGCAAGAUGCGCUGUCAUUGACAAAGCGGCUGUGGAUGGAGUCACUGUAUCCCAUGCUGCCGAAUUCUUUGACCUAACUGUUGGAAGUAUCAUUAACAGUAUUCUGGUUGGAAAACGAUUUGAAGACAACAACAAACAAGAGUUCCUUACAAUCAAAAGUGCGUUGGAUAAGGCCUUCGAAUUUAUUUCCCCUUUUGAUUUGACUGUGCCCGUAUGGGUUUUAAAAAGGUUCUUCAGUCAACAUUAUGAAAAAAUGAUGAAAGUGAUGACGGAAUGUCAAGAUUUUGCAGCAAACGAAGCUGUUCAAAGAUACAAACUGUUCAAAGCUGGAAAAUAUGUUGUUGAGAAAGAUAAUGUGAGUGACUACACCGAUGCGUUUUUGCUGAAAAUUCAACAGGAUGGAGAGAAUUCUGAUUUCAAUUUGGAAUCUCUGAAAACAAUGCUUUUUGAUUUGUGGGUUACCGGCCAGGAGACAACAACAACCACUCUUAUCUCUGGGUUCAACCAACUUCUUCUUCAUCCUGAUGUCAUGGAGAAAGCUAGAGAAGAGAUUAUGAAGAUCACGAACAACGGGUCACGGCCCUUGAGUCUGUCUGACCGUUCUUCAACCCCAUAUCUGAAUGCAAUGAUCGGAGAAAUUCAACGUCAUGCCUCGAUUCUGAAUAUUAACUUUUGGAGAAUCAAUCAUGAGCCGACUAUUAUGGGAGGGCAUCCUGUGGAUUCUGGAGCCUUUGUGACUGCUCAACUCAGUGCUCUUCACGUGAAUGACACCAUUUUCGAAAAUCCACAAGAAUUCAAUCCAGAAAGGUUCAUCAGAGAUGAGAAGCUUCUCCAAAAAGUUAUUCCGUUCGGAGUUGGAAAGAGAUCCUGUUUGGGAGAGUCUCUGGCUAGAUCGGAAUUGUACUUGAUUUUUGGAAACCUCCUCCUCCGUUACAAUUUCAAGCCGCACGGAAAACUGUCAACGAAAGAAGUGACGCCGUAUAGUUUUGCCAAGAGACCAUUCAAAUUGGAGAUGCAAUUUGUGAAGAUCUAA